AUGUCUGAAGCUGUGCAUGUGCUCAGGGUGAAGCUGAAGGAGCGACUGGCUGCGAUGUCCCGGGAGAUAUGUGAGCUGUUCGAGGGACUGGUUUCACUUCAGGAGCGCGACAUGAGACGGGAGCUCCUCCUGGACUCGGUGCUGAACCCCCGCGUUGUGUUAGACAGAACAGACGUCCAAAUUCACAUUGAGUCUCAGUUGGACCUGGUUACAACUGCAGUUAUCAAAGAGGAGCCAGAGGAACUCUCCAUCAAACAGGAGGUCACGUGUGCUCCUGUUACCGCUAAAACUGAAGAUGAGGCGCCUGCACUCCAGCCGCUCGGCCAUGUCCGUGAUGGAAAGCCCUGCUGGCACAACCCUGCUCACUGCAAAUCGGCUCAGAGUGAGGUAGAGAUGCAGGUGUGGAUGGCUGAGCAGCAGGGCCUGAACCUGCGCCCGCUGAUCCUACAGCUUCAGCCACAACAGGAAACACAGCAGAUCUCCUUUUACUGCAAAGUGUGCUUCCUCAUCCUGUCCUCUGCUGAGAGCUUCUACAAGCACUGCUCCUCUGUAGAGCACGCCCAGUUACUGCGACAGGACACCAGCUUCUGGUGGGGAAAACGUCCACCUCCUCACAGCAGACGGGCAGAAUUCUGGCUCUGUGACAGACCUGAAUCGUGUGAAUAUGGAGGAAAAUGUCCCAAAGCUCAUUCUAAAGAGGAGCUCCAGGAGUGGAUAAUGCGCACUGAAGAAGUGGACGAGAUCAGACAGAACAUUGAAGCUGAGGGCCUCAUGAGUUAUAACGAAAGACUCCUGCAGGAAUACAGAAGCUGCAGCAAUGAGGUCCACAUUUUCUACACGGCCAUCGAGUCCAUCCUCACCUCCUCCAUCACCUCCUUCAUCACCUCCUCCAUCACCUCCUCCAUCACCACUUCCAUCACCUCCUUCAUCACCUCCUCAUCACCUCCUCCAUCACCCCCUCCAUCACCUCCUCCAUCACCUCCUCCAUCACCUCCUCCAUCACCUCCUCCGUCACCUCCUCCAUCACCUCCUCCAUCACCUCCUCCAUCACCUCCUCCAUCACCUCCUCCGUUAAACAUAAGUGGAGAAAUGAGAGUCAAAGACCAUUUCACACUGUGGGGCACAGGGGGACGAGAGCUUUUCGGCGAGAUCUCUCUUCCCUUCAGUCUCACUGCAGGGACUACUGAAGGCCUGGCUCUGCGGCGAAGCAUCCACUCAGCACUGAUCGCCCCUGCAUCUAGCACAGCAAACAGUAAAGUCUAUGAAGCCAUCAUUGUGCAGGACAAGACUUCUGAGAAUGUGUUGUAUUUGAAACUGUCAAAAAGGUGCUGUUCUGAGCUCGCACUUAAACGUAAUACAUCACUUGAGGUGGAGGUCCAGUUUCAGCUCAACCGUUACCACUUCUGCAGUCUGCACAAAGCUGUGGACCUACUUCCUGAUACAAGCAGAGUUCUUCCAGACCUUGAAAAUUGCACUGUUCCCACAAACAACAUUCAGUUUGACAAGUUAAACGCAAAACAACAAGAAGCAGUACGAUUCAUGAUGGGAAAGGCAGAAAAUCAGAAAUGUGUCGCUCCGUUGCUCAUUUAUGGCCCGUUCGGCACAGGAAAAACCUUCACCCUCGCUACAGCUGCAAUGGAGAUGUGUCAGCAACCCAACAACAAAGUUCUUAUCUGCACCCACACCAACAGUUCUGCAGAUUUGUAUGUGAGAGACCAUUUUCACAAAACAGACGCUAACAUUCGGCCACUUCGGGUCAAAGCGAACACAGACCGGGGACUAUGGGCCACAGAUGAGAUUACCCUUAAGUACUGUUUUCUCAAUGAAGAUAAGAGCAAGUUUCUACCACCAACCAAAGCAAAGUUAGAUCAGCACAAUGUCAUUGUCGUCACCACAACUAUGGCACGCCAGCUGCACAACCUGAAGCUCCCAGAGGGUUACUUCAGCCACAUUCUGAUCGAUGAAGCCUCUCAGAUGUUGGAGUGUGAGGCUCUGUCAGCCCUUGGUCUUGCCGGAGCAAAGACACGCGUGGCCUUAGCAGGAGAUCACAUGCAGAUGGGACCAAAGCUUUUCUCUGUGGAAGACCACAAGCGUUCGGAUCACACUCUGCUUACACGCUUAUUCCAUUUUUAUCAGAUCCACAAGUGCGAGUCUGCACGAAGGAGUCGAAUCAUACUGAGUGACAACUACCGUUCUACCAAAGAAAUUGUAGACUUUGUUUCUGCGCAUUUCUACUCUGGUAAAGAUGAUGUAAUUAAAUCCACAGAAGAAGUGCCUCCUCCUCCAAACGGCCACGCCCUCAGGUUCAGCCAUGUCCGAGGAGAGUGCCGCUUAGACAGAGAGACAGGUACAUGGUACAACAGCAAAGAAGCCGACAGAGUGGUCGAAGCUGUUAAGGAUCUACUUCAAGACUGGCCAUCAUCCUGGGGACCACAGUCUAUAUGUGUUCUAUCAGAGGGGUUUCAGUACAUAUGGACGAAGAUCCAGGCAGCUGCAAAAGCUGGUGAUAUUGAUAGGUUGGUGGAUCUCAUCGCUGCUGAUGACAUCCACCCACAGCUGAGACCCCUCACUACUCAGUUCAGGAAGUGCUUAAACAAAGCCUAUUAUAGUCUGUCCCAGAGUGCAGAGGUGGGCCACUACUCUCUCCAGUUACAGAGUUACACUCAGGCCUCCUCACCAAUACGACGUUACAUCGACAUAGUGCUGCAGAGACUGUUGCACUGCUACAUACUGAAAAGUCAGGUUCCCUUCACCAGAGAGGACAUUAGCAGUCUGUGCACUGACUAUGACCAAAAUGCAAAGAACGCCAGAGAUGCAAAGACAGAGCAGAUGCCCCCACAGACCACUGUGUACUCAGGGAAGAUUGAACAUGUGGUAGAAAUCAGCCUCCUGUUGAAGCCUGGAAACACUCUACGGGUCCAAAUGACCUGUGAGGUGGACAGGGGCUACUGGAGACCUGCCAUUCAGCUGGUGAGCGUCACACCAAGUCAGUUCCAGGCAGUGGAUAAGGCUUUGAAUAGCACUUUUACACUUAUCCAAGGGCCCCCUGGAACGGGGAAGACCGUAGUUGGAGUGUACAUUUUGCUCUGUUUUUUGGAGAUAAACAAAGAGAAUCCCAGAAAAGUGAUUAUAGACGACAAGGACAAAGACAAGAAAGAAGUGAUUCUGUAUUGUGGUCCGUCCAAUAAGUCUGUGGAUGUGGUUGCAGAGUACAUGUUGAAGUUUGAGGACAAUCUGAGAGCCCUCAGAGUCUACAGUGAACAAGUGGAGAAUUGUGACUAUCCGUACCCAGAGAGUGUUCUUCAGUUCUCUACAAAGACACGUGCGGAGCGUUCCAAAAACAGUCUGAGAUUCAGAAAACUCCUUGUAAAAGCUCGUAAAUACGAACUGGAGAGACAUGACAUCAUCCUGUGCACUUGCACUCAGUCGUCGGCCCCGGGCCUGAAGCGUGCAGUGAGUGCUCGACAGAUCCUCAUUGAUGAAUGCGCCAUGGCAACAGAACCACAAGCUCUCAUUCCACUCGUCUCCUACAACCCAGAGAAGAUUGUGCUUAUUGGGGACCACAAACAGUUGCGGCCUGUUGUGAUAAAUGACCGCGUGCGGAAGCUGGGCAUGUCCAAGUCCCUGUUUGAACGCUGCUACACCCAAUUGGAAAAAAGGAGUGUAAUGCUGGAUACACAAUACAGAAUGCACAAGGACAUUUGCAAGUUUCCAUCAGAGGAAUAUUACGAGGGAAAGUUACAAACUGGAGUGGAGCAACGAAGCAGCGUGCUGCGUGUGAACAAAAAGACAAUGCCUGUUGUGUUUGGACAUGUCAUCGGAACAACUGUUCGCCAGGUGGUCAGUUCUUCAAAAGGCAACGAGAACUCCAAAGCUAACCGAGAAGAGACACAAACAGUGGUAGCCAUUGUAAAAAAACUGACAAGAAACGCUAAAAUUGCGCAAAAAGAAAUAGUCGUUCUUUCUCCUUACAAUGCACAAGUCUUUGAAAUCAAGGAAGCAUUGAAAAAGGAAGGACUGAAAGACGUCAACGUGAACACCAUUACAACAAGUCAAGGAAGUGAGUGGCGUUAUGUGAUUAUAUCAACAGUCUGCUCCCUGCCCAGCAACGAGAUCAUGUCAGAACCAGACGGCUCAUGGCUCUCCAAACAUGUGGGCUUUGUUGGUGACGCUAACCAGAUCAAUGUGGCCAUCACCAGAGCCAAAGAAGGACUGUGCAUCAUAGGUAACCAGGAGUUGCUGAAUUGCAGUGGAGCUUGGACAAAACUGCUGAACCAUUACAAGAGGCACAACGCAGUGACUGACGCAGAGAAGAUUUCAGUUUGUCAACUCUGA